AUGGCACUGCCUGGUCAUCAAAAGCGCGUUAAAGGUGUUCAAAUAUACCGACCGUUUGUCUAUGGCACGACAUCAAAGGCAUUUAGUGCGGAAAAUCCUAAGCCAGCAGGAACACCAGCUGAGCACACUCACUCGUGGACAGUAUUUGUAAAUGGAGUUGAUGAUGCAGAUAUAACUUACUGGUGCAAGAAAGUACAGUUUAAGUUGCAUGACUCUAUCCCAAACCAUCUUCGAGUCAUCGAGGAUGUACCUCCUGGGGGUGCAUUUGAGACUCAUGCGACGGGCUGGGGUGAAAUUGACAUCAGUAUCAAAAUCUAUUAUGUACCGGAAUCCAACGAGAAACCCCAGUCCCUAUACCACCACCUCGUUCUUCAUCCAUACGGGGAAAGCGAGGAGGAGCGAGAAAAAUGCGUAAGCAGCCGGAGAUUAGGGCAUGGGUUUAUGAAGAGCAACUUUUCAACGAGCCGUAUGAGAAUUUCUACAAUCUCUUGA